GAUGGGAUAGUCCUCGGAGCAGAUACGAGAGCAACUGAGGGCAUGGUCGUUGCUGACAAGAACUGCUCAAAAAUACACUUCAUUUCCCCUAACAUCUACUGUUGUGGUGCUGGAACAGCUGCAGAUACUGAUAUGACAACCCAGCUGAUUUCUUCUAAUCUGGAGCUCCAUUCCCUCUCCACUGGACGACUUCCAAGAGUUGUCACAGCUAAUCGAAUGCUAAAGCAAAUGCUUUUCAGGUAUCAAGGCUACAUUGGUGCUGCCCUGGUUUUAGGGGGAGUAGAUGUCACGGGACCUCACCUGUACAGCAUUUAUCCCCAUGGAUCGACUGACAAACUGCCCUACGUUACCAUGGGUUCUGGAUCGCUAGCAGCUAUGGCAGUAUUCGAAGAUAAAUACAAACCGGACAUGGAGGAAGAGGAAGCCAAACAGCUUGUGCGAGAUGCCAUCGCAGCCGGCAUCUACAACGACCUGGGCUCCGGCAGCAACAUCGAUAUCUGCGUUAUAAGCAAGAACAAGUUGGAUUUUCUCCGUCCGUAUGAUGUGGCCAACAGAAAGGGGGACAGGUAUGGGAGAUACAAGUGUGAAAAAGGAACGACUGCUGUGCUCACAGAAAAUGUGGCACACCUGGAGAUUGAGGUGGUGGAUGAAACCGUACAAACCAUGGACACGUCCUGA